UCCCAGAGCAUCUUCUUUUCCAUCUGUCUCUAUCUUGCGAGUGUAUCUCUUCCAACCUUCGAGGCAUUUUCAUAUACUCUCAGAGGACAGACACGCCAGCCCCCGUGAAGACGCAACGAUGUCCGCCUAAUAGAGUCUGUCCCAACAACUACUUGCCAAGCAACAGGCUACUUACAAGCAACGAGCUUCUUAUAAUCAACGAUCGUAUCCCGGGCAGUUCGGGCAGGGAAAAACAGGGAGCAUAUCAAAAGCUACGAGUGAGCCCAAAGUGAGGGUGCAACAAAAACUCUGGGUAGUUUGUUUGUGUCCAAAGGAGAUUCUGCGGUGACAGUGAGAGAAACAGCCGCUGGUGUGAUCGUGAUCUGGGAUCCCUCUCGUUAUCGAUACAGGUGCUACUCCUAUCGCACCGCUAUGGACGGACGAUUCUACUAGCACACUCUGUUGCUUCUUGCUCUAUUCUGUGAAUUUUGAACUUGGUAUACAAUCUCAUUCGUUUGGUGAUAACCGGUCGGGACAGAACUCUCUCUGUUAAAGACUGCUGAGGGAUCCCAUCUAGCGAGUCCAAAAAGAACACGAUGGACCCUAUCAUUGUAUUGUCACACCACAUCAUUGCUGUUCCAUCUCUCGAUACAAUCCCCCAAUCAGAAGUGCCCUCUCCGCAGCCAUGCGAGUCUCCUCCUAGUGAACCUCUGACGCCAUCCAAGCCCUUACCACAUCCGCAACGGCCGACACAGUUAUUCACUCCGGCGGAUGCCGUGCAAAACUCUACCCUUGUUUCAUCUGUAUCCGGAACGUUCCAACCAAAGGCAGGUCGGUACUCCUCUCAGCCUCCGUCAAGGUCCCGUCCCCGCUCUCGUUCUGGUUCUGGGAGGUCAACACCUUCUAUCCGUCGUAAUGUCCCUCCUAUCCAUAUUCCCCCAUCAACACCGGAAGAUCCUCUCUUUUCGGCCUACCCUGACAAUGGCGACACGCCGACCCACCUGAAAGGGAAACUGAAGACUAGUCUUUUACCACCUACUCCCAACAAGAAUUUGUUCGAAAGGGGAAGCUAUGUACCCAUGUCAAGGUCUAGUUCAUCUCCUUCUGCUAAACAAAAUCGAUGGAGUGAUAGAAUAUCUGCUCCUGCUACUUCACCAUCCUGCCAACCCCGUCGUAGACGAUCAUCUUCAACACCGCCACAGUUUUCAGACCAUGCUGAAGAAGUUAAAACUGUUGGGCCUAGUAGGAGGCCGUUUAACGCAGGUGGGUUCCGUUUGGAUAAAGUUCCCAGCCGACGAGGCUCGCGUGAGCGGCAGUCACAAGGUGACAAUGAGGAGCUAUAUAAUAUUGGGCAGUCCUCAAGCUCUUAUACGGCUGAGGCUCCAACCAAAUCUAUUCCUUUGGAAGCUAUAAAAAUCAGCUGUCUUGGGUUUUCUCCAGACGAUGGUGUGGAUGGUGAAAAUCAAUCGUCAGCUUUGACGUAUCUCUCCGGGUCAUCUUCUCCUAAACGACUUUCUCCGCAUUCCAGCUGUAUCGGAUCUCCUGCUCGUCAAGACGACCAGUCCUUGGAAAAUUACACAUCGACUUCUGCCUCUGGCGAGCUUUUCUCACCUAUGAGUUUGACUCAUACUCACCCUUUGUCCUCAGCAAGCACUUCCCUUUCACGAAGUGCAAAGAGCGGCAAGGAAGGAAAAGGGGACAAAGAGAAGGAGGAGGGGAACAAGGACAUCGCUUUGGUCGCUGUCAAGCAGCAGAGAUCCGCGCAGUGGAAGGAGAAUCAGGUAGAGCGUCGAAAUCGGUUACAAAAGCGAAAGCAUGCUCUUCUCGAGCUCGUAGAGACUACAGUUUCCCACACUGACCAUCUCAGAUCCCUCGCUACUAUUUAUUUGCCACAAGCUGCCAUCAUCCCUUCAUUGUCUAAUACUUUCACCAGGGCUCUCUUGCCAAAGGCCGUAGAACUGCUCGAUUUCAACGAGCGGCUACAGAAUGACAUGAUCAAAGUGCUCAAAGAGGAAGGUGUGGGAUACAAGGAAGGGGGGAUUAAGAGAAAAAGCGAAGGAGAUGUAUUUGAGACACGGACUGAAAAGGAAACGGGGGACGAGAUUAUUGAGAUGGAAACUGACCUGUCAGAAAGACUCGAUAAGGCCAUCAAACAAAUCGUGAAACUGUGCCUCGAUGCCGAAGCGGGCUUUGCCCAGUACAAGGAUUAUUGUGUCGAAUCUAUUGGCACGUCGAAUUUAUGGAGCAAAAUCUCAUCCCGUGCGGAGAUCCAGACAUUUGAGAAGCGUUGCCAGUUCCUCAACAAUAACCGACAUCAUUACGGCUUGCAAGAGUUGCUUGAGGCGGGCGACCUUUCGCCUAUCCCGGCCUCUUAUCAGUCUCGCCUUCAAUUCGCCGACUAUCUACAUAUCCCUGUUCAAAGGCUUGGCCAAUUCCCUCUCCUUAUCCAGCGUAUCAUGGGAACGUCGUCAGACACCCCCGGGGUUUCCAGUGAGAAGCUCUCAGAAGAGGAAUGGCUCAAUCAAGCGAAGAACUUGAAAUCAUAUUUGGGGGAGCUGUAUGUCGUCAUGAAGACACUUGGAGACGUUGCGGAUGCUGCUCGUGGUGCUCGAGAGAAGAAGAUUGCCACCGAUACUGUCAUUGACCGCAUUGAACCCCACAGUCAGGUUACAAAGUCUUUUCUUAAAAGUCUUGGAACCACUUACCUCAUCGGUGCCCUCGAUGUCAUGUAUCAGCAAGCUUCACCUGUUCCUCCGAUGCAUCACGCCAAGGUCAAGCCUCUCGCUGCUUUCUUGUUCAAGGGAUACCUUAUUCUUGCAAAGGUUAAGAAGAACAAAACAUAUGAAGUGAAGCAUUAUUUACCACUGUCAUUGUUCGACAUUGUUGAUGUCGAAGCGGGUCCUUUGGGUUUUGCUAUUCGACUCCGUGUAGUGGAUACCAUCUUUGACCUUGGUGCCAGUUGCGAUGCAGAAAAGGUGCACUGGCAGAGAGGAAUUUUGGACGCCCGCGAAGAAUGUGACGUCUCACCGUUUGAUCUCCCUUCUAGCGUAUCUUUACGCCAAGCCCGUUCUCGUCGAGCGUCAAUGGACCUGGAACAACGUACUCCUCUUGUCGUCACAAGGACUACUAGUGCCAACAGCCCAACAACGAAACGUCACACUAUCACUUCUAUGGCCAUUGUUGAAGGAGAGAUAGAAGCUGGCUUGCCCUUUGCCGGACAUUCUCCUGGGCAUAAUAGCCAUCCCGCCACCCCCUCUCGAUCGCCUAUCAGAAGUAGCUUCUCUUCCACUCCUGAUCGCAACAAACCCGACCUCAUAUUCCGUAAACCCUCACAGGCUGCUCGUGAUUUUGUCGUUAAUGGGUUGGCGGACGUCUUCUCAAGCGAGCUUUCAAUGGCGCGGAUGAGCAUAGGGUUUAAAAAGUCGACAAUUAGAGAGGAAAGUAGGCAGGCUGUCGUCAAUCCGCCUGCUUUACGCCGGAAGAUGAGCGUCUUGGAUAUAAAACCUUCACAAAACAUUGCCUUCUCUGGUGAGGUUCGAGGUUCAAUCAUUGAGAGACGUAAGCAUAGUCAGCGGGCAAGUUUGCCAAGUAAGUUCCUCCCUGAAGAGCUGUUGGUGAAGGAGCCGGCAGAACUCAGUAGAGAUAAAGGUCAGGGCAAGAAAGUAGAAGAGAAAGACGAAGAUCGUGGUUUUGGGCCUUUCCGCAAUGCCUCGGAGUUUGGCAGUCUGGGUAGGGAAAGCUGUGAAACGUUCGUCCGAAGCAACUCUACGGCAUCUCUUACUGGCACUAAAAAGCCUCAUGUUAAAAGGUCGUCAUCGUUUAACCCAUUAUCAGACGAAGGUGUACUCAAGUUCAUGUCAAAGAAGGAUAAGGGAAAAGGAAGGGCAGUGACUUUGGAUCAACAUAGGGACAUCGAGAGGGAACAGGAGCGGGAUCCGGUCAGCCAUCCUUGGCGGCGACAACAUGAUACCAAACAAAAAACUACGAAUAGUUACAACUCGAACAUUGCGAACUACCUUACAAUGCGAAACAAAUCGCCCCCCGCAUCUGUGGUUUUAUCUCCUACCUAUGAGCAGAAUUCUUUUGCCCGUGUGAUAGAGGACGAAGCAGAUGAUGAUGCCAUUGUCAUUAGCCCUGUCGGGGCGGAACCCACUGAAACGCCCACCCCGCCUUCGGUACCACGUCCUGUUGAUGACCUGACGCCCAUUGCUUCUCGGUCUGGACGACAUGCUUCCCUUCCGGAGUACUCAAUCCCUCUCCCUCAUAGUCAGUUGCCCUCCUCUUCCUUUGGCUUCUCCUUCUUUGGUUCCUCCCAUGGCUCCUCGUACAACAGCGCUGUUCAACAAGACAAGCAGGAGAAACAGUCCAUGCGAUCGGUGCAAACCUUGCAGAAGUCUUUAAGAAGGUCAAUGAGCUUCAUGUCACUGAAGAAGCCGAGUACGACGAGCUUGUUUGAACUUGAAGAGGAAUCGAAGGACUCGAAGGGAGCGGAAGCGUCGACGUCCAGUCCGGACUUGAGAUCAGCGCCAACCUCAUCUGCGCCCGCAGUGGUAGGUGGUGAGCUUGCAAUUGAUACUACCGAACUAUCAGGAAGUCGAUCAUCUGUGCCUGAUACGCCAACGAGGCGAAGGAGCAUUCGGGGAAUCUGGAGUUCAUUCACCCCGAUGAACGGCUGAGUAUGGAGUAGAGGAGGUGAAAGAAGAGGAGAGAAAUGUUGCAUCCGGUUUCAUUUAUUAACAACACUUUUAAUUAUUUAUACAUCCCAACAAACAUUAUUAUAUCAGCAUAGCAAGCCUAGCUGUCACACACAAUAUAGUAGCAUUAGCAUAAUUUCGGUCACUUUUCUCGCCAUUUUAUUCAGAUUAGUCAUUGACAUCAAAAGCAACUCAAGUGUACUGUGUCCCUCCUGUAGCCUGCAUGGAUCCGUUUUCUGUCGGUCAUCCCAGCA